GUGGUGUUAAAAAGCCUGCUCGCAUUCUACUGGCCCGCAGCGUUUGGCUCCCUCACUUCAUUCAGUACCAAGAUCACGAUGGCCAAGGCGGUGUGCACUCUUUACGGCGACGACGCGACCGUGUAUGGCUCGCUGGUGAUCACGCAGGCUCACGAGGACGCCAAGAGCGUCAUCACGGGCGAGCUCAAGAAUCUUUCGCCCGGCAAGCACGCCCUGCACGUGAACGUUUUCGGCGACGUCUCGCAGCCGGCUGGCGCUGCGCUUGGCGGCGUGUUUAACCCUUUCGGCAAGAACCACGGUGCCCCUGAGGACGCUGAGCGUCGCGUUGGAUCGCUGGGCAACGUGGAAGUGGGUGAGGACGGCAGCGUCAAGGUGCACGUGGAGGACAAGCUGGUGAAGCUUAUCGGCCCCCACUCGAUCAUCGGCCGCAGCAUUGUGGUGCACGACGGCGAGGACGACUUGGGCAAGGGCGGCCACGAGCUGUCGCUGCAGAACGGCAACGCUGGCGCCAUCAAGGCGUACGGCGUCGUGGGCAUUUCCAGCUAAACGAAGCAAGAAGAGCAGGGCGUCGUGGGGUUAUUAAAUAGGUAACACGGCAGAAUGCAGACACCUUUUUCGCUUCUAUAUGACGUUGUUGCUGUGGGCAUGGGAGAAAGGGAGAAUGCAGAAGCUAUUGUCUUUCUUCUCGUCUUCAUUCGUUCGAGUCUAGUGCUUCCUGUCUUGUUCGUACGCUACUGACCAUCUACGCAAGAGCUAGAGAUUUGACCGCCGGACUCAAGCCGUGAUGCUACUGCGCUUGCUCUCGUAGAUCUUCUUGGAUGUCUUUUCAGAAACAGGGGACGGCGGCGCACCAUCGGACGCAGUGGACUGGUUGUCUCCCUUGCGGCUCUUGCUCUUCUUCUUCUUACG